AUUUAUCAACUCAUUAAACGAAUAGAUAAAUACGUUCAUAUUUUCCGAAUAUCAACUAUUGCUCUUGUGUUGCAACCAUUUAUCAUUAGUCCGUAAACAAAAUUCAGAAAUUCGAUUAUAAUAUUGUGGAAUGUCUUCUGAUAUGGACGAAUUCAGAUAUUUGUCGGGAUUUGGAUCCGAAUUUUCGACAGAAGAUCCGCGAUGCCCAAAUUCCUUACCAAAGGGUCAAAAUAGCCCUCAAACCUGCCCUUACGGUCUCUACGCUGAGCAACUUUCAGGGAGUGCAUUCACAGCGCCUAGGACUGAAAAUAGACGCACUUGGCUUUACCGAAUUCUACCUUCUAUAGGACACAAACCAUUCAAAAAAUUCCAUAAGGAAAAUUUCGAAUCGAAUUGGGAUGAUGUAGAACCAAAUCCAAAUCAGAUGCGAUGGAUGCCGUUUGAUUUUCCUGCCAAAAAAACCGAUUUCGUUGAAGGAAUCAACACGAUUUGUGGAGCUGGGAAUCCUAAAUCGAAAUUGGGUUUAGCGAUCCACGUUUAUUCUUGCAACGUUUCCAUGAAGAAUAGAGCCUUUUAUAAUUCAGAUGGGGAUUUUUUGAUAGUUCCCCAACAAGGGAAAUUGGUGAUCAAAACCGAAUUUGGAAGGCUACAAGUGUCACCAAACGAAAUAUGCGUAAUCCAACAGGGAAUGCGUUUCCAAAUUCUGCUUUCUGAACCCAGCAGAGGCUAUAUCCUCGAAGUGUUUGGCAAACAUUUCACUCUUCCGGACCUGGGUCCCAUAGGUGCCAACGGUUUGGCAAACCCCCGAGACUUCCUCACACCUGUAGCGAAAUACGAAGACAUUCAAGAAGAAUUCGAGAUCGUGGCCAAAUAUCAAAGAAAAUUAUUCGUUUGUACUCAAAACCAUAGCCCUUUUGACGUGGUAGCAUGGCACGGAAAUUACGUGCCUUACAAAUACGACUUGAAGAAUUUUAUGGUCAUCAAUUCGGUCUCGUUUGAUCAUUGUGACCCUUCAAUUUUCACAGUCCUAACUUGCCAAUCGGAUAAACCAGGUACAGCAAUAGCAGACUUUGUAAUUUUCCCACCCCGAUGGUCUGUCCAAGAGAAUACAUUCAGACCGCCUUAUUAUCACCGAAACUGCAUGUCAGAGUUCAUGGGGUUGAUUGAUGGAAAAUACGAGGCAAAAGAAGGUGGAUUUCUUCCAGGGGGCGCUACAUUGCAUAGCAUUAUGACACCUCACGGUCCAGAUAUCAACUGUUUCCAAAAAGCCAGCAAGGAAGAACUUAAGCCCACCAGAGUUGCCGAAGGAUCUCAAGGUUUUAUGUUCGAAAGCUGUCUGAGUUUAGCCGUUACUGAAUGGGGAUCAAAAACUUGCCAAAAACUGGAUGCCGAUUACUACAAAUGCUGGGAAGGAUUGAAAAGAAAUUUCACAGGCCCAAAAUAAAUGAAACUGUUGGUUUUGUGUAAUAAAAUAUAUUAUAAGACACUUACUAGCCAAAA